AUGCCUAAGCUUUGUCUUCAGCGCACCUUCAUCGACGAAGAAGAUGAGAUGCCCCGAUUGCCUCGAUUUCGUAGCUGCCCGGAUCUUGUUGAACGUACCAAGUGGAGCGAGUGGCGGAGCCAGUAUCAGGUGCUCACGUUGCGGGAGCGAUCGGAGAAGAUUAAAGAUGAGCAGAAUGUGACGAUCCAAGUUGCCGAGCCAGGCGCAUCGGAGGGGAGCUAUGGACAUCCUGAAGUAUGUCGCCGACCCUGCAUUCUGUUUGUUCGAGGAACUUGUCAGAAGGGUGCUGCCUGCGGCUUUUGCCAUGGUCAACAUACACAAAAACCCGCAAGCUUGGACAAGCAGCAGCGGGAUGCCAUGGACAAAUGGCCAGCAGAAAGGUUGCUGGAAGUGGUGCUUCCCUGUUUGCAACAAAAGGUGGAGAAGAUACACCUUCCAGCAGCCAAUGAUCUUCUUGAGCUUGUUGAACGAGAGCUGGCUAUUCGCAGCUGGGGCCAACCCAGUAUCCCCAAAACUCCUCGCAGGAUCUGCUAUGCCUGUGGGCGUAUGUCUCUCUCGGCAUUGGUCGGUUUGAUUGGCUCAAGGAUCACCAGUGGCCAAUUUCCCAAGGUUCUGAAGAAGGCUCUCAAAGCUUUGCGUGAGGAUAUCAAGGAGUUAGAUUUGCAAAUUGAAGAGGACAAGAUUUGA